CUUAUUUAAGAAAAAAAAAGUUCCAUUUCACCAAGUAACAGUAACUUGGACUACUACUUAUAAAUCAACUUCAUUUCAUCCAUUCCCAAAAUCUUCCUAUCUCUCUCUCUACACCUUUUUCUCUUUUUCUCUCACAUAACUUCCACAAAUUGUUAUUUUGAGACAGAACAUGGACAAUCAACAACGUAGCCCUCUUCUAACUUGGGCUUAUUACUGCCAAGGAAAGUCAAUGGAGGAGCUUAAACAAUCCUUAAUCUACACAACAAUGGAGCUUGAACAAACAAGAGCAACAGUACAAGAAGAAUUAAGAAAAAGAGAUCAACAGUUACUUAACCUAAAAGACAUUCUCAACAAAGUCAUAAGAGAAAGAGAUGAAGCACAUGAAAAAUGCCAAAGACUUUUCUUAGACAAGUUACUUUUCCAACAACAACAACAGCAGAAACAAAAACAAAAACAAGAUCCUCUGUCCGGAAUUUCAAGCGUCGAAGAUGACCAACAACAACAACAACAACACAAACGAGGAAUUGAAUCUUGUAACAACAAUGGCUUGUCAUCAUCAGAUUGUGAAGAAAGCAUAGUUUCCUCCUCACCACCAACAGCAACAGAACAACAACAACAACAACAACAACCAAUGAUGAUGAUUGAGUUAAUAGCAAAAGAUAAACCUUUGCCGGAAAAAGGUAAACUUUUGCAGGCAGUGAUGAAAGCUGGUCCUUUGCUUCAGACCCUUUUGCUUGCAGGACCAUUACCUCAAUGGAGACACCCUCCACCGCCAUUAGAGUCCUUUGAGAUUCCACCUGUCACCAUUCCUCACCACCAAGAUUCUUCCUUUGUGAACACUAACUGUGGAAGAUUCAGUAGUAGAAAAAGGGUUUUCUGUGAAGGUUCUGAUUCUCCUUCUGCAGAUAACAAGUACCAGAGGAUUGUACUCCAUUGACUUACCUAGUUCUUUCUACCUAGUACCUACCAGUUACCACCACUGUUACUAUUGACUCGGUUCAAUUCAACAAGUACUAGAUGUUUUUAUUGUUCUGGAAUCUCAACCGUCCGAUCUAAGCUUUUUAAUUUAUAUUUAUAUAAUAUGUUUACCGGUUAGUUAGUUAGUUAAUUAAUAGCAUUAAUGGUUAGCAUUAGCAAGCUGGAAUUGUACUAAUGUCUAGCAUAUGUAUAGUGGUGGGUGGAGGAAGAAAAAAAAAGUUGAUUUUGAGUUUUUGAUAAUGUUUGGGAGUGAAUGAUUUGUGCUUGACAUUUUCCUCCUUUCACAUUCUGGUUUUGUUUCUUUGUGAAAGGAAAAAGGGUCAUUGUAAUAUAUUUGUAAUGUAACUAAAGUACUAAAGUUCAACAA